CACUGGUUUUCCAAGUAGGUCUGUGGUUGGACUUUUACUUUUCACACAGUAUUUAAACUUCAGUGUCAGAGACAAACUUCAUCAGUUCAUCCCAUUUGAGAAUCCAGAUCAGAAAACUGAUUCACUGCUGAAGAGAAGCUGAGUGAGGAUGGAGAAGCAGGUUAUGUGUGUCUCUCUGCUCUUGGUGCUGCUGGUGGCGCUGAGUGAAAGCGGUGCUGCAAAAAUAUGCUGCACACAGUACCAGGAAAAUCCAAUCCCAAUCAAGUGGUUGAAGUACUACAUAAACCAGGACAUCACAGAUUUCUGCAACAUCAAGGCAACAAUUUUCCUAACGAUGAAAAGCAGACUUGUAUGUGCGGACCCUGAUGCAGACUGGGUAAAACGUGCCAAAGAGACUGUACCACAAAUACACUGAUCAACUGUCAUGGAGGGCAGAGAAUCAACUUAAAGACAUGAAGAUGCACAAGAUGAAUUUGCAUGAAGGCAUUAUCAAUAGCAUUGUCAAUAAAUCAAAUAAUUUUGUAUUAUAUCACUUUAAAGCUAAUAAAGUCAAUAUUUUUUCUAA